AGUAGCAAUCAACAUUCAUCCAUGACACUUAGUCUAUUACUAAACAUAGAAUACAAUAACUACCAAAUAAAAUCAUUGACUUUAUCAUGGGGUUUCUUGUAUUUUGACUGAAAUUGGCUCGCUAACGCUACUCGCUUCCAAUUUAUUUAGGAACGACGCAACAGAGCAGCAUACCUAAAAUAGUAAGAAUAUAGAGCUCAUCACACAGCACACCUGCUAAACACGAGAAUCAUCACGAGUAAUAAAUCUAGCUAAUCCAAUCAUCGAACUAAUAAUAGAAAUAGCGAAUCAACUCACCAUAUUGCAAUUUGACUCGAUCAUCACACGAAUGAUGACGACCUUCGAUUGAUGUCUUCGACCGAGCACUUGAUGAGCGAUGCACACGGGCCUCGCUUCUUUACCAAUUAACAUCCUUAGACUUCUCCCGAACUAUACCCGGUUCAAAUUUGCAAGAACGCCGAUGAUUUUUUUUGGUUCGGGGUUUUCGUCGAACAUCUGAUGAGUGACAUACGGAACUUCACUGUCUUCCCUAUCCACAGUCCCAUCUUCAAGCUCAUCUCCACACACAUCCUAACCACUACUCAAGCAACAUCGUUUCCCUUAACAGAACUACGACGUGGAGAGAAAGAUGGCCAGUGAACUGGAACGAAGCUGGCGACGUGGAAUGGCGAGGAAAUGGAAGCGCCAUGGGGGAUGGAAUCCGACGAUUCGAUGACGUGCGCAGGCUAGGAUGGUCCAGUUAGGACAGGAGGCGCAUCAAUGGGGAGUCCACAACGGCAUGCCCAGAUCCCGCGUCGCACGACCAUGCCCGCGACCAAAACCCACCACGCUUCCGCUGCGCACAGCGAUGCGACGACCAGGGGAAAAGCAGGGAGAGGACUCGGCGACCAGCGCGCAGGGGAGCUCGACAUGGGCGCGGCGAGCAGAGCAGGCAGGACGCCGGGCAUCGUGGGCGAGCCUGAAGCCAAACGCCGGCCAGGGAGCAAGCAAGGCGGCCAUGGCGCGCAAGGAGCUCGGUGAGCGGCGAGAUGAGGGGGUGAGCCAAGGAGUCGGUGAGCACCAGAGAAGGAGAUCCGGCGCAGAGAGCAGCCAGAGAGAGGGGCACAGGGAGGAAAAAGAUCUGGGCGCGCGCCAGGGAGCUGCUCGGGUGGGCGCGCGUCACGUGGAGGAAGAUGAGCAGGGACUCGACGCCGGCGAGCCACAGAUAAAUGAGAGGAAGAGAGCGCCGGCAGAGGAAGCUCCACGGCGAGUAGAGAGGGAAGUAGAGGAGCGGCUGGGCGCAGGGAGAAUGCGCGUGCACGGAGCUUGGCUGGGAGAUGGAGCACUUCGGCUGGCCGGACUUGGGCAGUGGUUGGCCGAGCAGUGGAGCACGGUGUGGAGAACUCGGCCGGACGUAGGGAGAUGCGCAAAUGGAGGAGCCUAUGCGCGUGGGAGAAGAAGAGGAGUGAGCAGGGGAGGGGCGCGCGGCAUGGGAGCAGGCGCGCGUGCAGGGAAGCUCUGGCCAGGGAGAUGAAGCGCGCAGAGGGUAGAUAGAGGAGGGACGGCUGAGCGCUCGGCCGACCUGAGCUGGGGAGAGCACCGCGAGAGAGAAUAUCAGAGAGAGGGAGGGAGAUGACGACGGGAGGAAGAGAUAAGA